CUUUAGAACUUGUUAAUUUAUUUGAUAAUUCUAAUAUUACUCAUAAAUUAUUACAAUUUUCACCUGAAUUAAAUCAAAAUGGAUAUAAUUUACUAUUUACUGCAUAUGAAAAAGGAAAAUCUCGCAUGGAAAGCCUUUUAAAACAAGAAGUAUAUCAUACUGAAUCUCAUAAUACAACUGGAAGAAGAGUUCGUGAAGUUAAUAUUUAUACUUAUAUGCAAAUACAAGAGAUAUUUACUAAAAAAAUUACUAAAUCCGAAAUUAAAUUAUCAAAACUUAAUCCAACUCCGUUAUAUCAUAAUACAUCACAGAGUAUUUCUAAAGAAGGUGAACAAUCUGCAAAAAAGAAAACUAAAAGAAUCGUUAAAGAUUAUGAAAAAGAAUUAUUAGACCCCCUAGCUUUAGAAUUUUUAAACUCAACACCUACAGAUAUUGCAGUUAAUAAUAUUUUAUCCCAUCUUGAUUCAACCUGGGAACGCAAAGAUGUCUUACAAUAUGUUAGAAAUAGGAGAAGA